AUGGCGUCUAUCGAAGCACCUAGCAAGUCUGAAUUCCCUUGCUCACUAGAGAUUUCUAUCCCCCUCCCGACCAAUCGCCUUGCCUCAUCUGCCCUGCAAACCCUCGAAGUUGAUCCUGAAUUGUCGGCAUCUGUGCGUCGUACAUUGUCACUCACAACCCCACCUACCGAAUCAGCGACCGAGCCGCAAGAAAAGAAGCUGAAGCAAGACUCCGACGAUUCAAAGACCGUCUUGCAAGUCCACUAUUAUGCUACCACCAACCGUAUGCUACGAGUCGCUGUCAAUGGGUUUAUGGAGAGCCUAGGCGUUGUUCUAGGUGCCAUGGCUGAGCUGGACGUCGAUGUGUUGGAGGCUGAGCUGGAAGGAUGA